AUGCCGUACAAUACUCGUCGCAAGUCUCUCUCCCUCCCAUCACUAGGCAUCCACCUACCAAACUCGUCACGUCGUUCUUCCUCCAUUUCAAAAGGUGUUGUGGAAGAUCAUCACCAGGCGAAAAAGGUUAAGCGGUCGCAUACCUCAUUAUCGCCGGAGCCAUCCGAGAAGGGAUCUAUCGUGCGCGCGGGUCGUCACGGUGUUUUCGAACAUACACCUCCCCCCUCGCCUUUAGAUGGUGAGAUUGCACCCAAGAUUGAUACCGAGGGCAUCAACGAUGAUAUUGUUGUCGCGGUAAUUGAUCAGUUGGAAAAGACCGGAAAUCGCCCUCAUCUUGUUAAGGAGCUCGCUGCCGUUCUGGUGGCACUGAACGCGACUGUCGCCAAGAUUUCUCAAAGUUCCGCGAAUCCUGCCGCGCUUCUUUCCUCUCGCCUGGCAGCGUAUAUGAAGCGACCAUGGACCGCCCUCUCGCCCUGUCCCAUGGCAAAAGAACUUAUUUUAAUCCACCCACGCAAAGUGUAUUACUAUUUGACGACCUUUCCUCGUCAGCCUAUUCCCGAAAAUGAUGACUUUACUGUUAGCAUUGACGGCAAGAACACUCCUAGCGUCUCCAGUCUGGACCAAGAUGACGAAGAUGUAAUUUCGCGACACCGCAGCCCCAGUCCCGAAGUGGACCUAUCAUCCCCCGACUUUGAAGAGGGAGAGGAUGUCGACUUGGAGAAUCCCGCCAGCCGGGGUUCCGCCUCGGAUCAGUUCCCAGACCCGUCCAGCCAUACACGUCUGAUGCACUCAAACCGUGCGGCCUCCCCGCCCCUGGAGGGCGAUGAGAAGGAAUUUACACAGACCGCCAGUGCCGUUCGUGAGCGUGCUUCGGAGGAAAAGGCUAGCCGGGAUGAAUCGGAGCGCAGUCUCUCCGUUCUAUCCGAAGGUCUUAGUUCAAUGGAGGAAGAUAUGAGCAUCGAUUCCCCUAUAAAUGGUGGACAGAUGUCGCCCUCUAUCCAUGGUGAAGAGGAGUUUAAUGAUUAUUUCUCACACAUGAACGCUACCGAUAAUGGGUCACACGAUUUGGACGAGGCCGCUGCCGCCACUCUUUUCGGUACCUCGCCUUCGCCUUCUCUCACCUCGAUCGCAUCAUCUGUCUCGUCUGGAACGAGUACUGUUGAUGAUGCUAUUGAUUGUGACGAAAGGACUGGUAAUCUCCCAGCUGCUCCCCAGAUCAGUCUUCCCACCGAUCCUGAUGCCGCGCCCGUUUCAACUCUCAAGCGCUCCCUUGACAUGUUGAACAGUGGCUUCCCCGAUGUGGAUUUGAAGAUGUCAGACCUGACUGAAUCGCAUGAGAAGCUCAGCCUCGGUCCCCGGGCUUUUACCAUGGAGACAGAGCCUUUGUUCGCUUCUGAUUCUUGGAGGGAAUUACAAAACCCAGAGAACGUUGAGGUUGACGAGCUUGAUGAAAUGUUUGGCGAAAUCUAA